UAAGUAAUACUGUUCACAAUGAAUUUUUUUUUAAUAUUCAUCUUUUUUACGCAGAUCAAUGUCAUUUAUCAACAAAAUAUACUUCCUGAACAUAAAAGACGCCACUGCAAAGCUUUACAGACAUUGGACAUCAUGGAAUAUGCUUUGCCCAUGAUUCGACGUAUCCUCAAGGAAGAUUCUGAAAAAAUCCGGCAAGAAUAUGAGCAAGUAUUCACGUCACUGAAAGGCGGGUUUCUUUUCACCUGUCCUGAAGGCUGGUUGUACCAUGACGAUAACUGUUACCUUUUCACAACAACAAAGACCACGUGGCAGGCUGCGAGGGAAAACUGCCUAUCCCUGAACGCGGACCUUGCGGAGAUCAUAAAUGAGCGAGAUAGUUACUUCGUCAAAUCGGAACUGCAGAGAAUCUACAAUCAAGAGGGCGUGCCGAAGUACAGUUUUUACAAUCUAGGCGGCACGGAUAAAGCAAAUGAGGGAGAGUGGAUCUGGAUAAGGACAGGAGAGAGGAUUAGAUUUACAAACUGGGCUUCAGGGGAACCGAACAAUGUUGGUCGACAAGAACACUACCUGACGGUAGGAGGAACACGCCAUAAAUGGAACGAUAUAAAUCACUCUGGAAAAUGUCGUGCAAUAUGUCAAAAGAGCGUCGGUCUGCGAUCAGUUCCUUGAAGAGGAAGGUAGAAACAGUUACCAGAAAAGGGACGGGCCAUACCAUCAACAUUUCCCAACUCAUUUCUAUAUAGAACAAAUUGAUGCAAUAAUUGUGUAUCAACAUGGUCAAAACCAUCUAAUGUGUUGUAGAAGAGGUCUACAGAUGGUGGUAUGUUAUAGCAAAUACAUCGUUCAAGCAUAAGUAAUUAAAGACAAUACAAGAAAGUAGACAGUAUUAUCAACGGAGACAGGUGAAUCAGCUAAAGCAUGCGGAAUCGAAUUCAUAGAUAAACAUAUGUAAUGUAGCAAGUUUAAGGCUAGACAUAUAUAAUGUAGCAAGUGUAUGGCUAGACAUAUAUAAUGUAGCAAGUGUAAGGCUAGACAUAUAUAAUGGAGGAAGUGUAAGGCUAGACAUAUAUAAUGUAGGAAGUGUAUGGCUAGACAUAUAUAAUGUAGCAAGUGUAAGGCUAGACAUAUAUAAUGGAGGAAGUGUAAGGCUAGACAUAUAUAAUGUAGCAAAUGUAAGGCUAGACAUAUAUAAUGUAGCAAGUGUAAGGCUAGACAUAUAUAAUGGAGGAAGUGUAAGGCUAAACAUAUACAAUGUAGCAAGUGUAUGGCUAGACAUAUAUAAUGUAGCAAGUGUAAGGCUAGACAUAUAUAAUGUAGCAAGUGUAAGGCUAAACAUAUACAAUGUAGCAAAUGUAAGGCUAGACAUAUAUAAUGUAGCAAAUGUAAGGCUAGACAUAUAUAAUGUAGCAAGUGUAAGGCUAGACAUAUAUAAUGUAGCAAGUGUAAGGCUAGACAUAUAUAAUGUAGCAAAUAUAUUUUGUAUUCCAUACUUAAUUGACAAAAUCGAAAUAUGUAAUAAACGUAAUAAAAUUCACAUUUUGAAAAUACAAACAGCGUCAUCAACACCAUCACCAACCCCCAAAACAACACUUCAACAAGACAAACAACGUCAUCAACACCAUCACCAACCACCCAAACAACACUUCAACAAGACAAACAACGUCAUCAACACCAUCACCAACCACUUCAACAACACUUCAACAAGCAAAAACAGCGCAUCUUCACCAACACUUAAACAACACAAUCAGCGUCAUCAACGCUACCACUAAUCACUCAAACAACACUUUAACAACACAAAAAGCGUCAUCAACACCAUCACCAACCACUCCAACAACACUUCAACAACACAAACAGAGUCAUCAACACCAUCACAAACCACUCCAACAACACUUCAACAAACACAAACCGCUUCAUCAACACCAUCACUAACCACUCCAACAAUACUUCAACAACACAAACAGCGUCAUCAACACCAUCAUCAACCACCGAAACAACACUUCAACAACACAAACAGCGUCAUCAACACCAUCAUCAACCACCGAAACAACAUUUCAACAAACACAAACAGUGUCAUCAAUACCAUCGCUUUCCACCCAAUCAACACUCCAACAACACAAACAGCGUCAUCAAAACCAUCACCAACCACUCCAACAACACUUCAACAACACAAACAUCGCCAUCAAAACCAUCACCGACCACUCCAACAACACUUCAACAACACAAACAGCGUCAUCAAAACCAUCACCAACCACUCCAACAACACUUCAACAACACAAACAUCGCCAUCAAAACCAUCACCGACCACUCCAACAACACUUCAACAACACAAACAGCGUCAUUAACACCAUCACCAACCCCCCAAAAACAACACUUCAACAACACAAACAGCGUCAUCAAAACCAUCACCAACCACUCCAACAACACUUCAACAACACAAACAGUGUCAUCAAUACCAUCACUUUCCACCCAAUCAACACUCCAACAACACAAACAGCGUCAUCAAAACCAUCACCAACCACUCCAACAACACUUCAACAACACAAACAUCGCCAUCAAAACCAUCACCGACCACUCCAACAACACUUCAACAACACAAACAGCGUCAUCAAAACCAUCACCAACCACUCCAACAACACUUCAACAACACAAACAUCGCCAUCAAAACCAUCACCGACCACUCCAACAACACUUCAACAACACAAACAGCGUCAUUAACACCAUCACCAACCCCCAAAAAACAACACUUCAACAACACAAACAGCGUCAUCAGAACCAUCACCAACCACUUCAACAACACUUUAACAACACAAACAGCGUCAUCAACACCAUCACCAACCACUUCAACAACACUUCAACAAACACAAACAGCGUCAUCAACACCAUCAUCAACCAACCAACGAACACUUCAACAACACAAACAGCUUCAUUAACACCAUCAUCAACCACCCAAAGAACACUUCAACAACACAAACAGUGUCAUCAAAACCAUCACUUACCACCCAAACAACACUUCAACAACACAAACAGCGUCAUCAACACAUCACCAACCACCCAAACAACACUUCAACAACACAAACAGUUUCAUCAACACCAUCAUCAACACCCCAAACAACACUUCAACAAACACAAACAGCGUCAUCAACACCAUCAAUUACCACUCCAACAACACUUCAACAACAGAAACCGCGUCAUCAAAACCAUCACCAACCACUCCAACAACACUUCAACAACACAAACAGCGUCAUCAACACCAUCACCAACCCCCCAAACAACACUUUAACAACACAAACAGCUUUAUCCUCACCAUCACUAACCACUCCUCCAGUACUUCACGUUAACAAAUACAAACAACAUCCUUAAAACAUCGAAUAAAGCUAUAGUAAUUCCAUUUCUAAAACCCGGUUAAGACAAUAAAAAAUCCGGCGUCAUACAGACCUAUGUCCUUAACAUCACACUUAUGCAAAACUUUAAAAAAUUCAUACCAUAAGUGUCCUCCUUGACUUAGAAAAAGCUAAUGACGUAAUUUAGCACAAGGGUCUUUUAAUAUCACUUGAAGAAGUAGGAAUAACCGGAAACAUGUUAGGACUCAUUAUACACUUUCUAAAAGAUCGUAAAAUUCAAGUAUAAGUUAACAACACUAAGUCGGAUGAAUUAACACUAGGCAAUGGCGUCCCCCGAAGUGGUAUUAUAUCACCAACACUUUUCAGUAUAUAUAUCAAUAAAUCAGACAUCUUUUUAAAGAAAUAUACUGAUGUUUCAAAAGAUAAUGAUAAGGUUGCUGCGGCCAUGGUUACACAAGAUUAAACCUAUGUAUGCCGGCUACCGAACAAAGUCUCAAUAUUCUCGGCAGGAGCGCAAACUAUCUACCUCGCCCUUGAAUAUAUUCAAAGAUACAAAGUAAUAAGAGCUGUUAUCCAUUCAGACUCUCUUUCUGUUCUACAAACUCUUAGCAAUAGAAAUAUCAAAAAUAUAUUCAUUCGUAAUACCUUAAUACUAUAUCAUGAACUUGCUUUUAACUUUCGUAUUGCUUUUUGCUGGGUUCCUGGUCACAUGGGAAUACCAGGCAAUAAAAAGGCAGAUCGUUCCGCAAAGGCAGAUUUAUCGCUACCACUUGGUGUUUUUAUACUUCAUUUUACCUAUUUUAAACCAUUUAUUUAACGAAUCUUAAAAGCUCAGUGGCAGGAGGAUUGGAAUACCUAUACCAAUAACAAAUUGCACUCCGUUAAACCUGUUAUCGGUGAAUGGUCUCCAGGCUAUAGAGACAACCACCGAGACGAAGUUGUCCUUGCCCGUCUUCGGAUGGGUCAUACAUACCUUACACAUAUGGUGAAAGGCGAAGAUAAUCCUUGGUGCAUAGGAUACGAUGUGCCGUUCACCGUUAAACAUGUUUUAUUGGACUACAGUGACCUUCUGUCUGCUCAAGAACGUUUUAUCGUAACAUGAAAUGUCAAAAAUCCCUUUUUGAACCUGUUGAGAUUUUUUUUUUAACUCAUAUCUUAUUCAUUUCUUUUCAAAGGAAAUGCGGACAUGACAGUAAUACAUAAUGUACAGAAAAAAAGAUCAUUCAUUCCAGUUUUCUAAACAUGCAUAGACAUUUUAUAUUAAUCAGCCACAUUCAUACUAGUUAGCGUAUAUAUUCCUUGCUUACAUAAGUUCAUACCCCGAUGAUCAUACAUGUUUUAAUGAAAUUAAAGUGAAGUGAAUAUUC